AUGAAUCACGAGAAAGAUCAAGAGCUGUUAACAAUACGUAAAACACAAUUUCUUCGUCAUGUUCCGAUUUUAACUCAUGUGAUUAAAGAAGGUUUGUGUUCCGAACGACAAAUUGUACGAGCUUUUGACUUUCUUUCAUUUAAUGAUGGUGAAUAUCUUUAUCGUCAAGGACAAAAUAAUCGAGAUGUUUUCUUUAUAGAUGAAGGUAAAGUUUCAAUUACUCAACGUCGACGAUCUCGUGCUACAAGUAUCGUUCGAUCUAUUGGAUCCUUAACAUUGGAUUCAAAUAUUCAACCACUUGUACCUCGUCGAAAUCUUCGAAAACGAUCUCAACUUGAAGCCGAGAUGGAAAUUCAAUUAUAUCAAUUAGAACAAUUUGAAUAUUGUGGUGAAGAAACUUUCUUACAAGGAAUGGAAACAAGAGGUUUAAAUGCUGUUGCUAUUGGAAAUGUGACGUGUUUUCUUUUGUUAGAAACAGCAUUUCAACGAUUAUUUGCUACAGUUCAUGAAUUGAUGUUAUAUCGACAUUAUCUUCGGAUUCAUGGUAUUUUACUUCAUCAUCGUAUAUUUCAUCAUUUUUCAAUACGUGAACGACAAUAUUUAAUUGAUCAUUCAACACUUGAAGAAUAUCAUGAUAAAGAUCGAAUUAUACAACAAGCUGUUGGAAAUGUACUUUGUCUUGUAAUUUCACGUAAAAUUUAUGUUGAAGCAUCUCAUUUACAAGGAAGUCAAGGUCUUAAUGCUGAUAUUGAAGCUUUAUUUGCAAUGUCAUUAAUUGAAGAAUGGUUGUUAAUUACUCGAACACGUCAUUUACAUCUUGCGAAUCCAUCUGUAUCUCGUUAUUUAACAACAUUUGUAAAGAAAUUUAAAGCAGCAUAUUUACAAAAAUUUGAAGGAAAAACAUUAUAUUUGGAUUUAUUACGACGAUUAGUAAUUGAUCCAACAUUAGGAAAUGAAUUUCCAUUUGUUUCCGAUCGUGUUGGUUCUGAUCAAUCAAGUUCAGCGUUAAGUAUCAUACGAUUUGAAACACGUCGAAUUCUUUCACUUCGUCCACUUGAUCGUUCCCCAUUUGAAACAAGUUUCUUAGCUCGUUUACUUGAAUCAACGGCCUUUGUAACUAAAUUUGAGCGUCCGAUUGAAAUUGAUCAACUUACACUUGCACGUGGUAUUGGACGAUAUGCUACAUUUUUAACUAUUGCAAAAGAUACAUUUCUAUUUCGACAAGGAAAGUUUGAGAGUCGUGCAUUUCUUAUUUUAAGAGGAAAGAUUGAAAUUGUGAAUGAAGAAUGUGAUUCGUUACAAUUAGAAACAUCAAGUAAAAGUUACGAUGUACUUGCAACAUUAUCAGCUGGUGAUUCUUUUGGGGAACUUUCACUUGUUACACGUUUACAACGAUCUGCUUCAGCUUUAGCACCAUGUGAAUCGGAUCUUUUAGUCUUUGAACGUGCACAUUUACAAGCUUUAAUUACACUUUUACCUGGUGUUUCUAUACAACAUGCGAUGGUAAAACGUGCUGAAUUACUAGCGACACUUGAUUUUUUACGUUCAAGUGAUUUUCCUCAAUGUAUUCGACUUGCUCAUGAUAUUCAAGAAAAAAUGUACGAUCGAAGACAUACGUUUUUGUACGACCCCAUUGAGUUGCGUACUCUUUAUAUUGUAAAAAGUGGUGAAGUGGCAGUAUAUUUACGUCAAAUGGUACCAGUUAAUGAUGGUACAAGUCAAAAAGAAGUACUUGUUCGAGUGGCAACUAUUGGACCACGUGAAGUUUUUGGCGUUGCAGUGGCAAGUGCAACUGCUACUGUAUUGGACACAAAUGUGUUAGAAAUUCCUCGAAAUUCCAAUACUAUUGUCCCAUCUCAUGUUGCAUCUUGUUCUAUUUCGGAUCUUCAUGCUCAAGAAUAUAUUGCGGCAACUUUAGCUUCUGUGACAACUACGACCAUUGCGAUGAAACCAGUAGGUUUGGACGAUUUAGCUCAAACGGUUUAUAUGUGUAUUACACCUGUUCAAAUGUUGGAACUAUCGGAAAUUGGAUGGAAACGACUUUCUCUUUCGAGUUUAUCGAAUAUUCGACAUACUUUACUUGAACGACAUCGAUAUAAUUUAGAAACAGUGGAAAAACAAAUGCAACAAGGAAAUAUUGUCUAUUAUAGUGUCGAGAAGCCGUGGCAAGUUAUUUCGACUAUUGCAGUAGGUAAAAGAGACCCAAAAGAUGGAAUAUUGGAACCUGUGUUAAUUACUCAAUUAAGUCGUCGAGUUAAGGACAAGAAAUUACAAAAACAACAUCAAGAAUUAACCUCACUCUCUAUAGUAGCUGCUUCACCAUUCAAAGAUCCAAGUCAACUCAUCACUUCUCCCAUUUUAACGGAAUCUCGUCGAAGAUCGCUAUUUAGUUUAAGUAUUGGGCAAAAUCUCGCUUCUUUUUCGAAUGAUUCACCGUCAUCCUUAUCACCAACACAUACGAUGCAUCUUAAUGGAUCAUUCAAGUCAAAGAAUUCUCUUCUUGUUAUAUCUCCGAAUACUUCUCCUGUAUCAAAUAUACAAGCAAGAAGUGGUAGUGGACACUUUCUUCCGUCUUCAAGUCCGAGUAGAAGAGGAUCGAUUGGGAUUGCAAGUCCUCGUCCUCGAAGAUUUACAAGUCCAAAGCAAGAUACAACACGAAGUCCAUCAGAAGUAAGUGAUAAAGAUUGUGAAAUUAUGUGGAAAUCUCCUAGAAGACCUUCUGCGAAUUGA